CAGCCUCUAGUAGGGGAAGCGCUCAAGAUCUACGAAGCUGAACUGAAGCGCUCCGACAUCUCUACGAAGCUGCUAGCAAUUUUUCGAAAAACCCUAACGCAGUGUUUGGUUGGAGCUCAUUAAAGAACAGAAGAAGUGCAUUCAAUAACACCUUUCAUGAUUUAAUGAACUCUUAUUUAUUUGUGGAGCUAGCCACUUCUUUUCCCACCUUCCGAGUGCUCCAGGGCGUUGAGAAUGAACUCAAAUAUGCAGAUGAACUAGGAACAUCAUCAAUUUAAUAUGGGGGAGAGUUGAGGCUUUUCCACGCUAUCUGGGAGCAGGAAUAAAAUGUUCGCCUCAACCCUUAAGGGUGAAUCUACUCCACAACGUCAUUAAGGGGGUUCCAGAGAUUCCUCCGAACAUUCUGAGAUACGGUUGUCAAAUGGGGGUCUCGAGGUGCAUUUACGAAUGAAGGUACAGAUCAACGAUCCAAUUGAUCUGGGGGCAAAUUUUCCUCUAUCAAUGUGUCCUAUUUAUCGUGAGCUCCUACCGACUGGUCUCAGGAUCUAGUUUCAGGGAUUUGGAGAAGACACUAAGGAGAGUAUUGCAUGAAGACCCUGAUAUUCAUGGUAUAAACCCAGUUUACAAAUUCCCAUUUAAUAGAACUAAGCCAGUUUAGAGAGUAUCUUUAUUUUCUUUAAAAGAUGUCGAUAUAAGGGUCCACAAAAUUAUUUUCCAAAAUAACGGAUAUUGUUGGAUGCCUCAGCCGGUGGAUCAUUCAUGAGCCUUGAACUUGACGAAGCAGAAGAACUCAUUGAGCGAAUCUCAACAAACGGAUCCACCUAGUACUCUGACCGUCCAUCCGCUCAACCGAAAAUUAGAGGCAUGUACGAAGUUGAUCAAAUGUCGGCCAUGGCUGCAAAGGUCGAUAGCAUGAUGAGCAUGGUCCAAAAGAUUGCUCAAGUCUCUUCUAUGCAAAACACUAUGCCAGCACCGCCUCCUGUUCAUGUUCUCAUAAAUCAUCCUGGUUUCUCUUGGAGCAACCCUAGUGGAGUUGCCAAUCCACAAGCUUAUUGGAGUUCACCACCCGGCUUUCAAAAUCAGCAGCAACAAUUUAGAGGUGGCCAAGGUUUUGCUAACAAUCAACAAUUUAAGCAAAACCAAAGCUUCCCCUAUGCUACUAAUCAACAAAAGCCAAUUCCGCCAACUCUUGAAACAACAUCGGCUUCUGGCUUGGACAACAUCGUUGAUCAACUCCCCAAAUCUCAAUUGGCCCAAGCUAAAACUUUGAAGCAGAUAACAGAAGAGCUCACUCAACUUCGAGCUCACGAUAGGAUGCUUGAAAAUCAAAUUUCUAAUCAAGCAUCAACAUCCUCAACAAAGGUGACCGGAAAGUUGCCAGCUUGUCCAGAAAACUCAAGAGAGCAAAUGAGCGCAAUUACUAUUCGGAGUGGGAAACAAUUUCAAUCUCCACUCAUUCCGAGUAGUGAUCCCGAUGAAGAAAUAGGGGAGGAUGCCAAGGAAGAACCUCAAAACAAAGACAAAGAAGAUGCUUCCAAAAUGCUGCCAAAGUCAAUCCAAAUCAAAGAAGGAAAGAAGAAAGAAGAUGAGGGUUUGAUAAGCAAAUAUGCUCCACCACUACAAGAAUUUGUCUGGUCUGCAACGGAAAUCUACUACGGACUUAAGUUCGUAGCAGAUCUGCAACGAAUCCGCGACGGAAUUAAAAAUGCUCGAGUGGAUCCGUCCAUUGAUGAGGGCAGGCUGAGGAAAGCUUUUCUCAGGAAAGCUGCUGAACGGUACGCGAGUUAUACGUACAAUCAAAGGAACCCAACUCGAUUGAAAAAGAAGAAGAUGGACCCUCGGCCACUUGAGCAGUUGAAGAAGGUUUGGGAAGAGGAUCCGGAGUUUUUGGAGUUGAGUAAGAUAAAGAAGAAGAACAUAAGAAAGGGAAAAGAGGAUGGUCCUGCUCUUGGGACUUAUUGCGGAGGUUCAAUUCCAUUUUCAGAAAAUAUGAAUCGAUUGGCUAAGAAGAAAGGGGCGCCUGUGCUGUUGGAUGAGGUUAUCAUCCACACAAAGACAAAGAAGCACGAUGGCAAGACUUGGGUGGAUCCGGGACAUGCUGAGCUACAAGCACAAUUCUUCGAACUGCGCGAGGAGGCUAGACAAAAUGGACUUAAAGUCACUGACGAAGAAAUAUGGUACUCGCUAGUCGAGGGCCAUAACGCAAAGAACCGUGUUCCUGGAGUUGGUGACUACGUGCGGGAAAUGAAGAAGAUCAAUCCGUCCUCCAAACCUCACCGUUCCAGCACUAGUAGCAGCAGCACGGCGGAGAUGGCAGCACUUAAAGAGCAAAACCAAAGGCUGCACGAACAACUUGAUAAUCUAACCUCAAGCUUGUCGCUGACGAUUCAGGAGGAGAUAAGGAAGUUAUAUGGUGGUAAUCUUCCUCCACGAGGCGAUGACGAUGGAAUGGGAGGGGCAGGACAGCCCGGGAUUUGUUGACAUCUUUGACAUUUGACACAAGCACUUUAAUAUUUCGUGUUUUUACAAGAUUAUGAAUUAUGUUACAUUUGCACGUGAAGUUUUAAUUAAUCUCGUUUUGAAUUAUCUAUUUCGUAUUGAAAUCAUGUUUAGAAUUAUGCGUGUGAAAUUUGAAUGUGUGUUGCCCCUGGUACUGCCUAAAAACAGGAAAUGCUGGUGCUGUGAUCAGG